GCUGCCAAUGUCGGUUCCUCCACAAGACCCCCGCUACCCCCAUUUUUUGGUGUGGUGGUUUGUCGAACACGCUGCUCUCGAAGAUUCCUUGCUGUUCGAUGCCUCUUGCGCAACCUUGCUGUAUAUAAAGCCACCACGCCCUCGCGCGCUGUUGAAAUACUAAACAUCGUGACCUUCGUAGUUAUUCGUUGUCUAGGAGAUUUUAAACAUGUCUGCUACUUCGGUGAAUCCUAACAAUUGGCAUUGGACCAGCAAGGACUGCAGUUCUUGGAGUAAGGAUUAUUUCAAAACGGAAUUGCCCAAGCUUUCUGUUUCCCGUGGGGAUGACCAUGCAAAGGUUACUCGGCUGAUUAGUUGCGAGGGCGACGUUGAUGUCGCUAUGCGUAAACGCAAGGUCAUUACCAUUUUUGACUUGAAGAUCCAAAUGGCUUAUUCAGGUACGGUCAAUGGCACUGAGGCAAGUGGUUCCAUUACCUGUCCUGAAGUCUCGUACGAUUUGGGUGAAAAUGAUUACGCUUUUGAGAUUGAUUUGUACAACGCUUCAAAGGAGCUGGAACCCGUCAAGGAGUUUGUACGUAAGGAAUUACUUCCUGUGAUUCGCAAGCUUUUUGCUGGGUUUUCUAAGGUUCUUAUUGAUGAGCAUGGUGCUGAUGUAUACUUGCCCACGGAAGAACAUAACGGUGAUGCUGCACGGGGUCUUCCUGUUCACAGUGCCGUUAAAAGCAAUGCUAAAAGCGCUCUGAACAAGCCUGUCUCUUCGUCCUCUUCUGGGAGCAACUCGGUCGUAAACACCGCUACUAUUUCUGAAAAUUAUAACUUUGAUGCCCCUGCUGACAUGCUGUACAUGACUUUCAUUGAUCCUCCUCGUGUUGCCGCUUGGUCGCGUGCACCUCCUCAGAUUGAGGCUCGUCCAGGUGGUGCUUUCUCUCUGUUCAAUGGCAACGUCGUUGGUCACUUUGUUGAGAUGUUGCCUGCUAAAAAAAUUGUUCAAAAAUGGCGCCUCAGCAGCUGGCCUACUGGUCAUUACGCUCAAUUGCAAAUGGUCUUCGACCAAGGCAGUGAUUACACAGUCCUUCGUAUUGAAAUGCGUGGAGUUCCCAUUGGCGAAGAGGAGAUUGUUCAAAACAACUUGCUGGAUUACUAUGUGCGUCCUAUUAAGACUACGUUUGGUUUCGGAGCGGUGCUCUAAGGUUACGUCGCUCUUAAAAGUUACUAUGUUUUUUAUGUCGGUUUGUUUUCCUCAAAAUGAUUUUUCGUCUAUGCUUAUACAGCCCUCCAUUACGUUUGCUGGUUGUUAAUACUUUCCUUUUAUUCCACAAAACAAUAACUAUGUCGGUUGUUCCCUUGCGUAUA